AUGGACUCCGGGGCGCGGGGACAGAACCCGACCCUGCGGGCGUCUGAGCGAGGGUCCCGGACGGGGACUCCUCGUCGGGGUUCGGAGACGCCCGGCCUGGAGAAGGGGGCGACCGCCACACAAAGGCGCUGCUGGAAACUCGGGAGCGGCCCCCACUCGCCAAAGGGCGCGACGCUGCCCCGUCGGGAGGACCCCGGCCCGCGGGCCGAGCUCUCCCGGGGUCCCCCCUUCCCCGCGGGCCGAGCCCUCCCGGGACCCUCCCCUUCCCCGCGGGUCGAGCCCUCCCGGGACCCCCCCUCCCAGCGGGCCGAGCCCUCCCGGGGUCCCCCCCCUCCCCGCAGGCCAAGCCCUCCCGGGGUCCCCCCCUCCCCGCAGGCCGAGCCUCCCGGGGUCCCCCCGACUCCCCGCGGACCGAGCCAUCCCGGGAUCCCCCGCCUCCCCGCAAGCCGAGCCCUCCGGGGUCCCCCCGCCUCCCCGCGGACCGAGCCUUCCCGGGGUCCCCCUGAUUCCCCGCGGGCCGAGCCCUCCCGGGGUCCCCCUGACUCCCCGCGGACCGAGCCCUCUCAGAGUCCCCCCGCCUCUCCGCGGGCCGAGCCCUCCCGGGGUCCCCCUGACUCCCCUCCGGCGCCUCGCGGUUUCAGAGGCUAA